AUGGCUCCAAAGAAAGGAGGCUCCGCUAAGCCGCGAGGGAACGCGACUGAGGAGGUGGAAGAAACGCUGCAGGCUGUCGUUCUAGCCGAUACCUUUGAGACUCGAUUCGAGCCCUUUACUCUAGAUAAGCCUCGGUGCCUUCUGCCUCUCGCGAACACGCCGUUGAUCGAGUAUACAUUCGAGUUUCUUGCCAAUGCCGGUGUUGAAGAGGUCUUCCUCUACGGCGGUGCGCACUCCGAUCAGCUGGAGAGUUAUAUCAACGGUUCAAAAUGGAGGGCCCCUUCAUCGCCGUUCAAGCAGUUCACAUUCCUCAAGUCUACGUCAACAUCGGUUGGAGAUGUCAUGCGAGACCUCGACGGUAAACACUUGAUCACUGGUGAUUUCCUUGUUGUGAGCGGCGACGUGAUCAGCAACCUGCCCAUCGAAGGCGCAUUAGCCAAGCACCGUGCCCGCCGCCAAGCCGACAAAAACGCGAUUAUGACGAUGAUCUUGCGCGAAGCAGGAAGAAACCAUAGGACAAAGGCAUCCUCCGUCUCGCCUGUUUUCAUUGUCGAUCCAACCAAGGAUCGCUGCUUACAUUAUGAAGAAAUCGACCAUCACUCGCCCGAGUCCUCUCGCUUAAACAUUGACGCUGAAAUCAUUACGACGUUUUCCGAGAUUGAUAUCCGGCAAGAUUUGAUCGACUGCAACAUUGAUAUCUGCACACCGGACGUUCUGAGUUUGUGGUCCGACAGCUUCGAUUACCAGACACCGCGGAAGCAGUUCCUUUACGGUGUUCUGAAAGACUACGAGUUGAACGGCAAGACGAUACAUACGCACAUCAUUGAGGACCACUAUGUCGCGCGAGUAAGGAAUCUAAAGGCAUACGAUGCAGUCAGCAAGGAUAUCAUCGCGCGAUGGGCGUACCCACUAUGCCCUGAUACCAACCUGCUUCCGGGUCACAACUACGAGCUACGGAAGGGUAGUCUGUAUCAAGAGCGAGAUGUGACAUUAGCUCGCUCAUGUGUUUUGGGCCGAAGAACGGUCAUUGGCCAAGGAACUAGCAUCGGCGACAAGACGACUGUCAAGGACACGGUGCUUGGAAGGAACUGUAAGAUUGGGAAGAAUGUCACACUAGAGGGCGCUUACAUCUGGGAUAAUGUUGUGAUUGGUGAUGGAACCACCGUGCGACAGGCCAUCAUUGCUGAUGGGGUCGUGGUGGGGAACAAAUGCGCCGUUGAGCCAGGCUCACUCCUGUCGUUUGGAGUGAAGAUCGCGGACGGUGUCACUGUCAGCGAGGGCCGGCGGAUAACAAAGGCUCCGCGGGAAGAAGAUGGCGAAUCUCCAGUCUACGACCCGGAGAUUGUGGGUGCAGACGGCGAAGGCUAUGAAUACGUACCGUAUGAUGAUGAGGAUGACGAGGAGACAGCCAGCAAUGCCUCAUCGGUCUACAAUAUGGCCAACCUCUCUCUGUCUACAGACUCAAUUUCUACUCUAUCUUCCGAGAUAUCAGACUACGGCGGCUCGCGCUCCGGCAGUUUCGCAAACUCCGUCUCCGACGAUGAGGAGCAUGAUACUCACUUUGUGCAAGAUGCUGCAGCCAGUGUUUUUGACAGUCUUAGAGACGGUGUCUCCACGGACGUGGUGCAACUAGAGCUUGUCAGUCUCCGAAUGACGGCAAAUGCUUCGGACCACGAAGUCCGACGAGCUGUUGCCUCCGCAUUCAUGAAGCAUGCGGCCCAGUUAAUGGAAGCGGGUCAGGGUGCCGGCGAGGUCGUUAGCGAUAUCUUUGGGAAAUACCAUGAGAUCAUCGAACGAGCAUUGUUCGACCGGGACAGCGCUGUAAAGACAGACCAAGUUGACUUUCUACUCUUGCUCCAGCAAGAUCUCGUCCACCGAAACCGAGGCGAGACCGUUCUUCUGUUCGCGGCCAAGGAGCUGUAUGAACUGGAAGUCAUUGAGGAAGAGGCGUUUGAGCAAUGGUGGGCCGACGAGCGGUCGAAGAACACCGAAGAGCUGCAGAAGGUGCGGAGUCAAACGCAACAGUUUAUCGACUGGCUUGCAAGUGCAGAGGAGGAGGAAAGCAGCGGGGAAGAGGAAAGCGAUGAUGAAUGA